AUGUCUUCCCUAAAGCAAUUCAUCCGAAAUGUCCGAUCAGCCAAAACAAUCGCCGAUGAACGUGCAGUCAUCCAGAAAGAAAGCGCCGCCAUUCGAGCCUCAUUUCGAGAAGAGAGCCACGACUCCGGCAUCCGGAGGAAUAAUGUCGCAAAGCUCCUGUACCUAUUUACCCUCGGAGAGCGGACUCACUUCGGCCAGAUCGAAUGUCUGAAACUACUCGCCUCACACCGGUUCGCUGACAAGCGGCUGGGCUACCUGGGAACCAUGCUGUUACUGGAUGAGAACCAGGAGGUGCUGACGCUUGUUACUAACUCUCUGAAAAAUGACCUGAACCACUCCAACCAGUAUAUCGUCGGCCUGGCUCUCUGCACCCUCGGAAACAUCGCCUCCGUUGAAAUGUCUCGUGAUUUGUUCCCCGAAGUCGAAUCCCUCAUGUCCACUGCAAACCCUUACAUUCGCCGCAAAGCAGCAAUUUGCGCCAUGCGCGUAUGUCGCAAGGUCCCAGACCUAUUUGAGCACUUCCUCGAGAAAGCUAAGAACCUCUUGUCCGACCGAAACCACGGAGUUCUCCUUUGUGGGUUGACACUGGCAAUUGAUCUAUGUGAGGCGGAAGAGGAAGAGGAAGGACCAGAGGGCGUGAUUGAAGCAUUCCGGCCACUGGCUGGAGGACUCAUCCGCGCCUUGAAGGGACUGACAACGUCCGGAUAUGCCCCCGAGCAUGAUGUAUCCGGCAUCACGGAUCCUUUCCUUCAGGUCAAGAUCCUUCGGUUCUUGCGUGUGCUGGGUCGCGGCGAUGUGGCCACCAGUGAAUUAAUCAACGAUAUUCUGGCCCAGGUGGCCACCAACACAGAUUCUUCCAAGAACGUUGGUAACUCUAUUCUAUAUGAGGCUGUUCUUACAAUCUUGGAUAUUGAAGCCGACUCGGGAUUGAGGGUGCUGGGCGUCAACAUCCUCGGAAAGUUCCUGGCUAACAAGGACAAUAAUAUCCGCUACGUUGCGCUGAACACCCUGAAUAAGGUCGUUGCAAUCGAACCAAAUGCGGUGCAAAGACAUCGUAACACCAUCUUGGAAUGUCUGCGAGAUCCUGAUAUUAGCAUUCGCCGGCGAGCGCUUGAUCUCAGCUUCAUGUUGAUCAACGAGGAUAAUGUCCGAGUGCUGGUGCGGGAACUGCUGGCCUUCCUGGAGGUGGCCGACAACGAAUUCAAGCCUGUGAUGACGACACAAAUUGGCAUCGCGGCGGAUCGAUUCGCACCCAACAAGCGCUGGCACAUGGACACCAUUCUGCGGGUUCUCAAGCUGGCUGGGAACUACGUCAAAGAACAGAUUCUGUCCUCAUUUGUUCGUCUCAUUGCCACCUCUCCUGAUCUGCAGACCUAUGCCGUGCAAAAGCUAUAUUCGUCACUGAAGGAAGACAUCUCGCAGGAGGGUCUCACACUGGCUGCGACAUGGACUAUUGGUGAAUAUGCCGAUAGCUUACUUCAAGGAGGCCAGUAUGAGGAAGAAGAGCUAGUCAAGGAGGUUCGCGAGAGUGAUAUUGUUGAUGUCUUUACCAACAUCCUCAACAGCACAUAUGCCACUCAGAUUGCCGUCGAAUACAUCAUUACUGCAGCCAUGAAGCUCACAGUGCGCAUGUCGGAUCCUACUCAAAUCGAACGUCUGCGCCGCCUCCUCUCCAGCCGCACCGCAGACCUGAGUGUCGAGAUUCAACAGCGUGCCGUUGAAUACACCAACCUCUUCGGCUAUGAUCAAAUCCGUCGUGGCGUUCUUGAGCGGAUGCCCGCACCCGAGAUUCGUGAAGAACAACGGGUCCUCGGUGCUCCUACCACGAAGAAGCGCCAGAGCAAGGUCCUCCGCAGCAAGACGACAACAAAGGUCGCCAAACCCGCAGAGCACGACUUGCUCCUUGAUCUGGUCGGCGGCGACGCACCCGUCACCAGCCCAACCUCAAACGGAUCGAACACCGCCGAUCUGCUGGCAGACAUCCUUGGCGGAGACUCCGGCUUGUCAUCUCCCUCGCCAGGCCCUACCCAGCAGAACCCCAACAGCGCCAUUAUGGAUCUAUUCAAUUCCAACGGUCCUUCGCCAUCCCCCCAGCCAACACAAUCCUCAUCCGCAUCGAUGGAUCUGCUAGGCGGAGGAAUGGGCGCCUCUGCACCCUCACCAUCCGUGUCUCCCGCUCCAGUCGCCGCCUCAACACCCGCCCACACCGCUCUCAACAAGGAUGGCCUCGUCCUCACCUUGCAGGUCCAGCGCAGCGGCCCCAACGCCCAGAUCAUUGCUCGUUUCCGUAACGAGUCCAACUUCGACCGCUUCACCAGCGUCGGUCUGCAAGCCGCCGUGCCCAAGAGCCAGCGUCUGCAGCUGAGCGCUAUCAGCAAAGCGGAGCUUGACGCCGGCGACGAGGGCACACAAUCAAUGCGUGUCACCGCUCUCAAUGGCGCCCUCCCUGCCAAACUCCGUUUGCGUCUUCGUGUCAGUUCCGCUCGCGAUGGCGGCGACCCUGUCGUCGACCAGGUGGAUUGGUCCGAGCCGUAA